CGCCAUGCAUGCGGCAUGUUGCUGCCGGACCAGACGUACGAGGGUGCCUCGGCCACCACCCCCUCCUCCGUCCCCACCGCCUCCCCCACAUUGGCACCGCUGGCAGCGCUGCUGCGUUCGCAUCACGUACGCCCAGACUUCUUCUGCACAUACCGGUCACGACAGAUUCACACACAUAGACAGACGUCGGUGGGUCAAGAGAAGAAAGAGGAGACGCUGGAGGAUCCCGGUGAGCGGCGUCAGACGGUGCACCGACCGCGUCGCGUGCGCUCUCAACGCCUCGACGCAUCUUCGUCGAACGAAGCGGUGCACCUCCAGCGGCGGCUGCUAAGCCUCAGCUCGGAGCUGGUCACCCUCCGUAAUCAUCUACACGUUGGCGGAGCGAGCGGUGGCGGAGCGGGCGCCGCUGGAGCUGCUGGCACCGCCGCCAGCGGUACUUCGUCCAGCGGCUCGCAGCCCGCAGUGCCCCCUCGCGCUCCAUUGUUACUUCCACCACCGGCACCUGCGCCUCCAUUGCAGCCUCACCACCCUCCGCCGCCUCCACCAGAGGCGAGAUGGCGGGCGGGCAGCGGAAGCGGGACCGCCACGGCGAGCGCAUGCGCGAGCGCGGGCGUCGGAGCGGGCGCGGGUACCGACGUGGACGACCUCAUCCACCUGCGAGGCCCGCUCACCGAGGACGCCGUAGUGCGAGCACUUCAGGCGCGAUUCUAUCAAAAUAAAUUCUACACGUCCGUGGGGCCGAUACUCAUCGCGAUGAACGCGUACACGGACGCCGGCAACGCGCUGACGCCGGGCGCGGCGCGCGCGCAGCGGCCCGAGCUGGCGCGCCUCGUGCACGACGCCGUGCGCCACCAGGCCGACACCGGCUGUCCGCAGGCCAUCAUACUGUCAGGUGUAUCGGGUUCGGGUAAGACGUACGCGUCGAUGGUGCUGCUUCGGCGACUAUUCGACGUGGCGGGCGGCGGGCCGGAGACCGACGCCUUCAAGCAUCUGGCGGCCGCCUUCACCGUCCUCCGCUCGCUCGGCACCGCCGCCACACACGCUAACUCGCAUUCCAGUAGGAUCGGUCAUUUCAUCGAGGUGCAGGUGACGGACGGUGCCCUGUACCGCACCAAGAUCCACUGCUACUUCCUGGACCAGACGCGCGUGGUGCGGCCGCCGGCGGGCGAGCGCAACUACCACAUCUUCUACCAGAUGCUGGCCGGCCUCACGACCGACGAGCGCUCGCAGCUACAUCUCGAUGGCUACACGGCGAACGACCUGCGUUAUUUGGCCUCUUCUCACCCACGACGACCCGAAGCCGAAGACGGGGCUCGGUUUCAUGCGUGGAAGAGCUGUCUCGGAGUCCUCGGUAUACCAUUCCUGGACGUACUGAGGGUGCUGGCCGCGGUGCUGCUGCUCGGCAACGUCCACUUCACUGACAACGCAGAGGGAACGGCGGAACCGAACGGAGAGGCGGAGUUGGUGGCGGCCGGCUCGCUGCUGGGCGUGGGCGCGGCGGCGCUGAUGCGCGGGCUGGGCACGCGCUGCGCGCCGCGCGCCGCCCGCGGACAGGCGCGCGCGCCCGCCAGCGCCGCCGCCGCCGCCGCCGCGCGCGACGCGCUCGCCAAGGCGCUCUACUGCCGCACAGUCGCCACCAUCGUGCGCCGCGCCAACUCGCUCAAGCGCCUCGGCUCCACGCUGGGCACCUUGUCUUCGGACUCCAACGAAUCCGACGCUGCGUCGCGACGCGCCUCGACGGCCGGCGGCGGCGCGCGCGGCCGUGCGGGCGCUCGCUCGAUGGCGGCGCUCAACGACGCCGUGCGUCACGCCACCGACGGCUUCGUCGGCAUCCUCGAUAUGUUCGGCUUCGAGGACGCCGGCCCGAGUCGGCUCGAACAUCUCUGCGCUAAUCUUUGCGCCGAAACGAUGCAACACUUCUACAAUACGCACGUUUUCAAGUCUUCGGCGGAGUCUUGUCGAGAGGAAGGAGUGACCGGUGCACUGGAAGUGGAGUACGUGGAUAACGUGCCUUGCAUCGACCUGGUGUCGUCGCUGCGCACGGGGCUGCUGGCCGCGCUCGACGUGGAGUGCGCCGCGCGCAACACGGCCGAGCAAUACGUCGCUCGCAUUAAAUCCGCUCAUAGAGGCCAUCCGAGAUUGGCGGAACCGAGACCGCCACAUCCUCGGCGCUUUGCUGUCAGACACUACGCGGGCGAGGUGACCUACGACGCUAGCGAUUUUCUGGAUGCGAAUCGCGACGCGGUACCCGACGAGUUGUUGGCCGCUUUCGAUACGAGGACUUGCGAGUUCGGUUUUGCAACACAUCUAUUCGGUGCCGAACUCAAGGCGCUGGCGGCGGCGGGCGGGCCGGCGGGCGCGCAGUUCCGCGCGUCCCCCACGGCGGGCGGCGCGGCCGUGGCGGCGGGCGCGCUGGGCGCCGCGCCCCCCGCGCCCUGCUCGCCCGCCGCGCCGCCCUCCACGCUCACGCAGGACUUCCACACGCGCCUCGACAACCUGCUGCGCACACUCGUCCAUGCGCGUCCGCACUUUGUGCGCUGUCUGCGAGCCAACUCGACGGAGACCCCCAUGCAUUUCGAUCGCCUCACGGUCGCACGACAGGUUCGCGCUUUGCAAAUUCUGGAAACCGUCCAACUCAUGGCCAGCGGAUACCCGCAUCGCAUGCGGUUUCGCGCGUUCAGCGGCCGCUACCGCGCGCUGUGGCGACGCAGCGCCAGCGGGGCGGACCGCGAGUCCGGCGCGGGCUGCGCUCGCGUGCUGCGCUCCGUGGCCGCCGCCGCCGCGCCCCCCGCGCCCGCCUCGCCCGCCGCAGUGCGCUGGGCGCUCGGCAAACGACACGUAUUUCUCAGCGAGGGAAUGCGACAGGUUUUGGAGCGCAUGAGGCGCGCUCGCCGGCAGGCGGCCGCCGAGCGCAUCCAGGCGGCGUGGCGGGCGCAGCGCGCACGUGCGGCGCGCGGCGCCCGUCCCGCCCCUCCCGCGCGGCGCCGCCCCGCGCCCAUCGCCGGCACUCCGCCGCCCGACCCCGCCGACAAGUGCGAUCCCCAACUCGUCAAACGGACCUGCUCGCUCUUCGGCCUCGACCUGGAGCGGCCGCCGCCGCUGCCGCCGUCGCGCGCGUACACGGUGGCGAACGGCGUGAAGCUGGGCUACCCGCAGCAGCGCACCGUGGCGGCGGACUGGGACGAGGCCGGCGUGCGGCUGCGCGUGGGCGACUGCGUGCUGGCGCUGGGCGCGGCGCGGCGCGGGCACGUGUCGGUGCAGGCGGGCGGGCGCACGGUGCCCGUGCCGCACGCCGUGCUGGGCCCGCCCCGCGCGCCGCGCCCCGCGCCGCCGCCGCCGCCCGCGCCCGCCUGAGCGGCCAGCCGGCGCCGUGGGACUGUGCCAAAUGGAAGAGCAUCGUCGGAGGCGGUCGGCCGGCGGUGGGGCGGCGAGGACGGUGCCUUCAGUGCGUGGGUGUACAUAGUAGUUAGGUAUUUAUGGGGUCGAGAGCUCGCCGCGUCCGCGCGUAGGGAGCAGUAUUACUUCGUAUUAGCUUAGACGUAAGAAAAUCGAUCCGCUCUGCCGUCGCCGUCGACCGCCUCUCUGCUGUGUCGUUUCCUCUGUGACGUUAAAAUGCACGGACGUUUUAAUUCCGAGCACGUUUCUGUAAAUACUGCAAGUACCGAUUUUUCCGCCUCUGAAAUUCAUUUCUCGAUAGAAUUACACGAUCGACGACGACUUGUCUUCCAUAUUAUUUACUUAUAUAUUACAUAUGUUUUACGGAAUGUGUUACUGCUUAUGAUGAAAUUAUUUCUGUUACCAUUUUAUGCAUAUAGAACAGUGGUUGAAUUUGUACUCCGAAUCGAAUAAAAGUUUAUACGAAUGUCUCAUAACAUUUGCAUAUUCACAAUUUGGAUAAUUAAGAGCUCAUUGCGAGAUGUCGCCAGGGAUAGGAGCGUGAACCUAAACUGGGCGUUGUGAGUUCUGGACUAUCUGUGUGCUUGUAUUUAUAAUUCUCAAACUCGACAUUAAAAAAGCGUCAAGAGAACCCCGCAAAUAUGUUGGAACAAAUGUUGAUUCAUGUCCACAGAGUUUUCGCCCAGUUGAGGGGAAUGUCGGGACAUAACCAUGAGUAUUUUAAGAGCUUCUUAACUGAGACAAAGAUACAAUGUAUUGCUGAUAAUCGAAAUGUAUUACCCUGAAGACAUAAUUUAAUUCUAUCGUUGUGGAGAUAACAGACUAUUUU